UCUUCUUCUUCCCACCCUUUUCUAUUAGAGGUUAAGUCAUUGUUUCUUUGAUUUCUUGUUUAGCCUGUUAAUGGUUUAUGUGUAAAACUACAAAUUUGUCAUAUGUAGAAUCCGAUCGAUGAUGAAUGUUUGAGUGGUUUGGGUUUAGACCUUUGGUGCUUUUCUGUUUUAGAGUCAAGAAUGAUGAUGUUUUGGUUGGUACCCUACCUGCAACAAUUUGGGAAUUACCGAAGAUAAACAUGUGAAAAAAUCACCUUUUGGCUUCAGUUUCGCCAUUUUCUUUUCAACGUAUUGUUUGCCGACUUGUACUUACUGUUCAAAAUGGGGGAUAUAUCUCGAAUAAUGGUUAUUUAUUUUCUGUUACUUUUGAUUUAUAGAAGUUUAGCAUCUCUUGAGGAAAUAAAAAAUAUUUUUGACUCAAAUGUGUGUAUUAAAGGAUCUUUAUCAACUAUUGCUAUAAAGGAACCAGAUACUUUAUCAGUGAAGGAAUCGGAAAGUGAAUUUUAUUUAAAAAAUAACUCCGUUGCUGAAGAAGACAAAUAUGCUGAAAAAAAUGCUUUAUCCAAAUUAAAUGAACUAGCUCAAUUUAAUGAAAUAGAUUACUUUUUCAAGUUGAUUAAGGAAGAGGGAACGCCCCAUAACAAAUUAUUUACAAUUAGCUUGACAUUGGGUGAUGAAGAGUUCAUAGGGCAAGGCUCCAGUUUGAAGAAAGCCCAGCAAAACGUUGCAGUUAUUGCUUUAGAAAAUUCAAACUAUGAACCCCCUGAGAUAAAGGAAAAGGAAAAAAAUUUUGAUGCUACCACACCAACAGUUCUGUUAAAUAACUUGUGUGCAAAAUUGGGAAUCGCCGUUGAGUAUUUUCUUAUCAAUAAUAAAUUGUUUAGUGCAAGUGGAAUUGUUAAUGAAAAACCAAAGAAAUCAUAUUUACAAAAAUUAAAUGACUCGAUAUAUUCUGAUAUUCAUAUAAGAAAAGAUGAGUCUCAGACGAAAGGCCCAUUUAAAGUUGGGGUUGAAGUUGGAGAAUUGUUCUUUUAUGGUACCUCAAAUACUAUUCAAUCGGCUAGACAUCAGGCCGCGUCUAAUGCAAUUGAUUAUUUGAUUAAAGAGAUUCAGGACGGCAAUUUAGUUUGCUUACAGGAGGAUUCGGAAGAAGAAUGUAGGAAAGCCAAGGCUAACCUGAAAUCUCCAAUUUCUUUGGUACACGAAGCUGCUCAACUAAGAAACUUAAACAUUGAAUUUGAAAUAAUAGAUGAAUCUGGUCCGUCCCACAAAAAAGCUUUCGUUACUAGGUGUACGCUAGGCCAUUUGUCUACAACAGGCGAAGGGAAAUCCAAGAAGGAAUCGAAGAAGGCGGCGGCCAUCAAUAUGUUAGAAAGGAUUUCUGAGUUACCAACGGUGUCUCAAGAAAUGCAAGUACAAAGUGUUUUUAAAAAUAAUAAUAAGAAGAAGAAGAACAAGAAGAAUAAAAUCCUGAAAACGAAUUUUGAUGUCAUUAGCAUGCACGUCGAUAAUCUUAUCAGUUCAGUUAAGGAUUACGGAUUACCGUUUCAAAAUAAUGAGGAUCUUCAAAAAACUAAGUCUCCAAAAAACGCUAAACCCAAACAUUUAAAGAAGUCCUUUCAAGAUGGAAUUUUGGAACUUGGUAAUUCUCUAAAAUUCGAAGUUCAAUUUAUGGAUUUUACUGAGGGCAAACGGUUCUAUACGAUAAUGUCUCUUCAUAUUAAUCCUGAACAUAUGUGCUUAGGCGAGGGUUCAUCUUCGAAAUUGGCCAGAAAUAAAGCUGCCGAAGGCGGCUUAAAUUUGUUACAGGAUAUAGAUUUUGGAAGUCAUUUCAAAAACACAAAACUUACACUUGUGGAAAGUGAAAUAAAGCAGAAAAUCACUAUUCUACUGAAUGAAGAAAUUUCCAAAGAAAAAACAAAGAGUACAACAUAGGUGAUACAGAUAAACUUUGUACAUGUUUUUUAAUUUUUUAAAUAAAAGUUAGAAAAAAUUA